AUGGCUCUUAUUUGGAGUCUUCUUUCACAGCUAGCAGGUGUACUGCUAGCUGCUCUCUUACUAUUGCUGGUGUGGGCUGUCUAUUAUCACAUUUCCACAUCUACUGUUCCUUCUGGAGUUUGCCACCCUCUAAAGCUGCGAUUCCUUCACAUCUCAAUAAUCAUAACCUUUGGCUUGAAUUACAUUUUCUGGAAAAUGGGUAUUUGCAAAUGGCUUUCUCUAGUGAGGUUUAUGUUGGAUGGGAUUCCUCCGUCAGAUGACCCAACCCUCUCCAUCAACGAUACGUUCUUUGAGAGUGUAUCUGUGAGGAUAUACGAACCCAAAGUCCCAUGUGCUGAUCAAAGGAAAGGAAUCGUGUACUACCAUGGAGGAAAUGGAAUCUUUGGGAGUAUUGAUGCUUACGAAAGGAUGUGCCGUUAUAUUGCCAAGGAAAGUAACGCUGUACUUGUAUCUGUUGGGUAUCAUCUUGCUCCAGAAAGCCCUUAUCCAUCACAGUUUAUUGAAUGUUAUGAUGCCACUGUUCACUUUAUGAAGAAUUCAGAGAACUAUGGGGUGGACCCUGCCCGUAUAAUACUUUGUGGGGACAGUUUCGGAGGCACAUUGACCGCUUACCUCUGCCAAGAGCUGAAAUACAGAACGGACCUCCCCAAAGUCCGUGCUCAGGUGCUGCUCUAUCCGUUUCUCCAAGCACUGGACUUUACUUUACCUUCUUAUCAGCAGAAUCGUUGUAUCCCCAUUGUACCUCGGAGAGAGCUUUUGAAAUUUGCUGCACAUUAUCUUGAUCAAUCCCCAUCAAUGAUCGACAUGGCUAUUGAAGGAAAUUUUAUGCCCGAAAGCCUUCAAGAGAAAUAUGGGAAAUUUGUAGAUCCAGACAAUAUCCCUCAGAAGUUUAGGGACAGAAACGUCAACCCAGCACCGCCUCGUUCUUCGGAAGAUAAUUUAUUCAACAUGAUGAAAGAAGCGCUUGAAAGAAAACUUUCCCCACUUCUGGCUGACGAUUCUUUUUUACAAGGUCUUCCCGAGACUUUCUUCUUAACUUGUGAAUUCGAUGUGAUGAGAGAUGAUAGCCUGUUGUAUAAGAAACGACUGGAAGACAACGGUGUCUUGGUUUCAUGGUAUCACCUUGAAGAUGCGUUUCAUUCUGCUCCAUUCCUCGUUGAUCACUGGUUCGUCACUUUCCCCUGUGCCAAAAUAGGACUAGACAGUACAGUUAAUUUUAUUAAAGGACUGUAA